GCAGAUUGAAGUGGGCAUCUUACAGCUUCCUCUGUUUUCCCCCUCAUCAGCAAACUGGAUUCUUGCUUUUAAUUGUUCUAUGUGCCAUCCCCCCUUCCCAUACUGUGUUUUGCCUAACCGGUCCUGAAGCUCUCCUCUGAAACGUUAUCCCUCUUCCUGUUCUUCCCUCCCCUUUCUCCCUUAUUUGUCUCCCCACCCGUCCCUACUCUAUUUCUCUACUUUCCUUUAUCACUGUCUCUGUAUUUGUUCCUAUGUCCUCUUUGGUUUUUUUUUCUAUUGUGUCUUGGUUAUUUUUAUCUACAGAAGCUCUUCUCAUUCAUCAGUACUGCCCUUUGUAUUUCAUUUUUGUAUUUUUUUUAUGGCUCUGCUGAAAUAUUACAGAAAGACAGGAGACUGACAGAUAGACCUCUGUGCAGGUUUCACGCUGGGAUGUCCUCAAAUGUCGUCAAAGCUGCAUCUCCUUUGGCUAGCGCUGUGACAGGUAAGUUGCAGUUUCCAUGGCAGUGCAACCUUCAAAGUGGUAGACCCUUCUGCAAUAACUUUGCUAAUACAGGUGCGAUGGAACUUUCUGUGGCUCAGUGGCUUCUCGUGGUCUGUCUUGUGGCUUUUCCUCUCCUCUAUGAAUGGAGUGUCUCCUUCAAAUACUUUUGUAAAAUGGCAUUUUACAAUGGCUGGAUCUUGACACUAGCCAUACUGGCAAUUCCCAUAUGUGCAGUGAGGGGGCGCAAUGUGGAAAACAUGAAAGUACUCCAGUUCAUGCUUCUGCACAUCAAGUAUCUCUAUGGGAUUAAGAUUGAGGUUCGGGGAUGGGAAAAUUUCAACAUAAAAGAGCCUUACGUGGUUGUGUCAAAUCAUCAAAGCUCAUUGGACCUACUUGGGAUGAUGGAGAUCCUUCCUAGCCGUUGUGUGCCAAUCGCUAAACGUGAGCUGAUGUAUGCUGGCACAGCUGGACUGGCCUGCUGGCUGGCAGGGGUCAUCUUUAUAAACCGCAAGAAGACAGAUGAUGCUAUAAGUGUCAUGACAGAGGCAGCAGAGACUAUGCUGAAAGAGGAUGUUCGUGUUUGGGUUUUUCCCGAAGGCACUAGAAAUCACAGUGGCUCUUUAUUGCCAUUUAAACGGGGAGCAUUUCAUCUGGCUGUAAAAGCUCAGGUCCCAGUUAUACCAGUUGUCAUGUCUUCCUAUAAGGAUUUCUACUGUAAGAAAGAAAGAAAGUUCACUACAGGAAAGUGCACAGUUCGCAUUCUUCCUGGAGUUCACACAAAGGGCCUAUCGUCUGAUGAUGUUCCUGAACUUGCUGACCGCGUACGAGGAAUGAUGCUUGAGGCUUUCUCUCAAAUGUCAUCUGAACGUCCAGGCAAAGGGCCUGGGGGGGUGCAUUGACCCCUCCCCAUUUUCACUUCUUUCCAUCAUGGGCUGGGGACCCCCUUAGCAAGAGAAAAGGAGGGGACUCCAUCUAGAAGGAGACUGACUAUAUACAACUAAAUAAAACAAUGGGUUGUUUAAAGAAAGAGGACAAAAAGUGCAGUCCAAAGUGUAUGCAUCCUACAAAAUGAAAGAAUAAAACAGGAGAAGAGAUAGGAAGGGAAGAGAGUAUUCCUUAAUGAAGGAAUGAGUGGGCCAUGAACGGAACAAAGAAAUUGUAGAGGGGUCUUAUAAGAAGCAAAUAAGGAGCCCAUUAUUGUGUUAAAGAGAACAGACAAUGGGUACUCUGAACAGAAGAUAAACAAGAAAUUCCUUUCAAAAGCAUUUCAAAAGGCAUUUCAUGUUUUGAUUUGAGCAGAAAACAAAUGGAUCACUAAAGAAUCAGACGUGAAAAUUUCAUUACAGCACAAGAGAACGGUAAAAAACCCACAAACCAGACCUAAAUUAGAGAUAGUGGUUACCAGUGAGCAGAGAGAUUGGGAGAGACGUGAGAGAAAUGUGUUCACUUUUAUCACCUUGUAAAGAGAAUAGAAUUGGAGUUGAAAUGAAAAUCAUGUCUUUUACCAUUAUGAGAAAAAGAACUCACACAGCCAAGAAGAGAAAACAAUAUAGUAGGAAACAUUUCAUUAAUUACAAACUAAUAAUCUCACUAGUAGGUAGAAGAAAUCUAAUUCUGGUGCAAAACCUUUAGUUGUAAAAGUCAGUCACAUGCAUCCUUGGCUUAAUACUAAUAAUUAAUAGUACUAAUUGAGCUCUGAAGUGUCAUGAAGUAAACUAAACUAAGUAAGGGGACCAUAGAUAAAAGGCAGUGAUGUCAUGGUAGGUCAUAUAAAGUUGGCCAUCAUGUAUAAAAGACAUUCCGUAUGAAACGGGCACGACUGAAGUAGAGUGAAGAUAUAUUUGUUAAACAGUGUCUAAUUAUACUCUCCCCAUCUCUCUCCUUAACUGACACCCUGUCAGCCUCCUCUCCUGCUUAUCUCUUGCUCCAGUUCUCUUUCUUUAGACAACAAGUGACUAAAAAGGAAAGGGGCAGUUAUUCAGGGCAUUUUAAUGUCUUUACUGCCCUUAACAACUGGACUCAACAUCCUUUGUCUCCUUAUAAAAUAUGGACUUGAAAUGAUAAUGGGAAUGUUUUGGGCAAAAAGCAUGAAACUGCUCUGCCCGAAUUGGCUUCUUCUCCUGGACCCUGUGAAGACGCCAGUUCUUCCCAUGCCCUCAAGCUCCUAACACUCCACAGCCACCGACCUGCGGCUUUCACCCUCACCCCUAAUCCCUGUCUUGUGGCCUAAAAUACAUUUUAUUACACUCCACCCCUUUUUGUCAUUUUUGCCUCUUCCUUACACACUCUCUCCCUGUUAGUAUAGGGUGUGGAAGAAUAAAUGUGCCAAUGUAUCUGUAGCUCUUGAUAGGGGGGAAUGAGGGUCAUGUGGGUAUGACGUGGGGUGGGAUAUUUGUGUGGGUGGGAGGGGGCAUAUUACUAUCUUGUCCUGUAAAUGUGAAAUUCGCAUUGUACAAAC